CUCGCUUCUCGUUCUGUGCGGCGAUUCGGUUGGAUUGGAUUGGAUUGGAUUCGAUCCCCGAGGAGCGAUCGAUCUGGUAAGCGGCCAAGCCAUGUCGGGCGUGUUCGGCAAGGUGUUCGGGAAGUCCAAGGCGCAGAGCCAGGCCACCGCGCUGGCCUCCAUCGACAAGCUCAGCGAGACACUUGAAAUGCUAGAAAAGAAAGAAAAUUUGCUAGUGAAGAAAGCAAAUCUUGAGGUUGAGAAGGCCAAGGGCUUCACUAAAGCGAAGAAUAAAAGAGCUGCAAUACAAUGCUUAAAGAGGAAGAGACUAUAUGAGCAACAGAUUGAGCAGCUUGGGAAUUUCCAAUUAAGGAUACAUGAUCAGAUGAUAAUGCUGGAAGGUGCAAAGGCUACAACAGAGACUGUUGAUGCAUUGAGAACUGGUGCAUCAGCGAUGAAAGCAAUGCACAAAGCGACAAAUAUCGACGAUGUUGACAAGACCAUGGAUGAAAUUAAUGACAAUAUGGAGAACAUGAGGCAGAUCCAGGAUCUACUGUCUGCUCCUAUUGGAGCAGCAGCUGAUUUUGAUGAAGAUGAACUGGAAGCGGAACUAGCGGAUUUGGAGGGGGAGGAAUUGGAAGCAGAGCUUCUAGCACCUACCACGACUGCCCCUACUGCUCCUGUGCGCGUACCUGUUGCUCAGCAGUCAACGCGACCUUCUGCCAGCAAAACUGAGGAUGAUGAGUUAGCAGCUUUGCAAGCAGAGAUGGCUAUGUAAUUAGUUUUGCAGGCUUUGACGGGGAUCAAUGUUAAAAGAUCAGAUGCUGCAAAUAUAUUGGAACUCUGGUGUACUCGUGAAGAUCUUCAUAGGAAGAUGUCAGAGACACAGAAGCAUUCUGCAUGUCAGCCUAACCCGUUAUGUAUGGUACUAGCAUAUCAUGUUACUGCUUUGUAAAUCAAACAGAGCUAUUGAACACAUUUUCAGCUAAUAAAGUGUAUCCGUGAUGGCGUCAUUAUGA